GUUUUUAUUUUUCAAACACUCUUGUGAGUUCUCUGUUCCGGCAUUGAGAUUCCACCACCUCCCUUCCUCCGACACCACAGCGUCGAUAGCCUAGUGACUAGACCCUAGUCUGUUGGGAGUUCUUCAGUAAGGUCAAUUUUUUCUAUUUGUGAGAACUUUUUCCUCUUGUUUUACUUAGCUCAGCUAAAGAAACCAUCCUCAGAGACUAGGGGGGAGCAGUAAGUACUGCCGGGGUGCGUUCUCUUCCCUCGUGCACCCCUUCCACACAGGACUGGAGAGAUGCUGAAGAGCAAAAACAAACAGAGCGCUCAGAAUGGCGUAGUGUCUGUCGUUACUAACACUGGCCCCAACAGCUGCUUUCUGACGGCCAAACCUCAUGUAGCUACUCGCUUUGCGUUGUUGUUGGAAAGUUUUCCUGUUGCAAAUUCGUUGAACGCCUUUGGGAGCUUAGGGAGCCUGCCUGUCCUGCCCCCUGCCUCCCUACAGUUGGCACAGAUUAAGACCCAGUUGGCUUUGCACCAGUUGAAUGCACUUGCUGCCACUAACGCCACUGCGGUCCCAUCGCCUGCACAGACUUUGCUCAACCUCUUGAAGGUCUCCAUGUCUCACCCCAUGUACAACCCUGGUGGGGGAGGCUUCUCUGGCUCUCAGAGGCCCAUGGUAUCCAACCAGUAUGGCCUUGGGGGUCAGCCUGGUAUGGACAUGGGUGGCUCUCGCAUCGGACCUGGUGCUGGGCCUAUGUCAGGACCACCGCCGGGUAUGAUGCCUUCAAUGAGAUCCCAGCAGAUGGGUUUUCCAUUGGGUCAACGUCCAUCACAGAUGUCCCAAGACAUCGAGUCAUCUAUUGAAAUGCACAUCAGAGGAGCCCGAGAGGAAGUUCGCCUGCUCAACCGAAUUAUGCCCCAGCAACCAAAACCAACUGACCCACGCUUGCACGACGAUCCGAGGGAGGAAAUGGGUAGUUUUUCUGGACAGAGGGGAUCUGGCAGAAUGGACGAACCGUCCUCUGCAGAUUGGUCGCACUUCCAGCCUCCCAACAAACUUUUUUCGUCCUCUGCUUUGGGUCAUUCCUCCUCAUCCUCCUCACUAUUUCAAACCUCUGGGUUUGGAGGUGGUCCUGGCCCUGGAAGAGGAGGUGUCGAGAGCCAGUCAGGUCCUCGUUCGGGUCCUCCUGAUCGUCCUCCUGUUCGCUACACCUCAGAGAGUGCCAGCAGCAUCCUUGCAAGUUUUGGCCUUUCAAAUGAGGACCUUGAGCUCCUUAGCCAUUACCCUGAUGAUCAACUCACACCUGACAAUCUGCCUUUCAUUUUGCGAGACAUUCGCAUUCGCAAGGCCAAGCGGACCAUGCCUGACACUGACGAUAGAUCACCACGCGAUCAGAGGGCACAGGAACCUCGGCAGAGCAAAGUAAUUGACUAUGGACACUCAAGUAAAUAUGGCUAUACAGAGGAGCGCUCAGACUCCUAUGGAAGAGAUCCACUUCCAAAAGAGUUGCCAAAAUACGAGCGAGACAUAGGAUCUGGACCUUCUUUUGGUGGAGCUGAAAUCACACGGCGGCCCCAGGCAAGUCCAGCAAUGCCCAUUUCAUCGAAACCACCUCCGAUGGACCAUAGGAAUGUCUUGGCCGGCCCUCCUCCUGAACUCAAACCAGCUCCGCCCAGCUCCAUGCCUGGAAGAGAUCCGGUACCCAAGUCUGCUCCUCCAGCGCCCAGCUGCCCUGUAGUCAUGCCACCGACCCAUGCUGUUGGUUCCCGUGCUGGCAUGAUGGUCCUGGGAGAUGGCAGUGGAGGUCCCAAGCCCUCCGCAUGGUCUCCUGCCUUCCCUCCUCCAAGCAACCCAUCAGUCAUGAAGAGGCUCCCAACGCCCACUAUGAUGAAUGAUUACUCAGCGGCCACACCAAGAAUCUUUCCACAUACAUGCUCUCUAUGUAACGUAGAAUGUGUCCUGAUCAAGGACUGGAUAGAACAUCAGAACACAAAUCUUCAUAUUGAGAGCUGCCGGCGUCUCAGGAAGCAAUAUCCGGACUGGAAUGUGGACACACUUAAUGUUCCCAGAAAUGAGUCCAAACCACCUGUGGAGCACCGCAGUCCAAAGCGCCGUUCAAAAUCCCGGUCUCAUUCAUGGACGAGAUCUCCUAGUCCAAGACGACAUCAUGGAUCCACAGGCCGUCGGCCUCGCUCCCGCUCCCGCUCCCGAAGCCCAGGCAGGUACCGGCGUUCCCGGAGUCGCUCCCGCUCACCUCGGAGGUCGUCCCGCUCGAGCCCCACUUCCCACGGCCGCCGGCGCUCCCGUAGCCCACAGUCACGCCGCUCCCGCUCCCCUCCAUCGCGUCGCUCCAGAUCCCACUCCCCACGGAACUACGGCAGGCGGUCUCCGCCUCGCUCUGGCCGUAGGGUGAGUCCGCGGAGGCCCAGCCCACAUCGCCGACCGAGAUCCAGCAGCAGUGAAAGAUUGGCCAAGAAGCUCAUUGAGUCCUCUGCCGGGUUGAACAUCAAGGACAGCAGUGCGCUGGAGGCCGUGGUGAACUCUCUAGCUCCAACUCUACUUGCUGAGUUGGCCAAGAGGAAGAGUGCUGUCGCCUCAUCCUCGGCCUCCAGGGAUGGCGGCCGCAAGCGGACGCCUUCUCCUUCCCCCAAGAGGACCUCCUCCAAAUCCAGUAGCUCCUCCACAAACAAGUCCACUGGCUCCUUCACUAAGAAAAAGGCUGGUCCUGGUACAGCUUGCCUGCUCCGGUUCAAAGGAGUGCCUCACAAAACUACUGACCAAGAGCUCGUAGAGGUUAUCCAGCCUUUUGGGAAGAUCAACCAUGCCUUUGUGAUUAAGGCUAUCGAAGAGGCCUCGGUGUGCAUGGAGAGAGAGGAAGAUGCUAGAGAUUUGGCAAACUUCAAGAACCUGAGGAUCCAUGGCAGGUUGAUCACCAUCUGUAGGGAGGAGGAGCUAACGGAUCCUAGAGCACGACCUGCUGGCAGAGAGGAGAGGAAGGUUAUGGUUGUUAAAAAGAAAGACACGGGCAUGGGUAGAGCACCUCCGACAAGGCUGCUAGCCAGACCCCUAGGUAGAGGUCUCCCUCCUCUGAUGGGGUUGGGAAGGAGACCUCCUCUGCUCCAGAAUCCUGCAACUGGCCCUGUGAAGCCAGGCAGGUACCCUGGAAAGACAGGCCAGGCUACAGGAAAGGAUAGCAAGACUGCAGGAAAGGCAAGCCAGACCCCUGGAAAGGCAAACCAGACCCCUGGAAAAGCGAACCAGGCCCCUGGAAAGGCUAACAAGGCUAACCAGGCCCCUGGAAAGGCUAACCAGGCCCCUGGAAAGGCUAACCAGGCCCCUGGAAAGGCGAAUCAGACCCCGGGAAAGGCGAAUCAGACCCCGGGAAAGGCGAAUCAGACCCCGGGAAAGGCGAGCCAUACUGUGGGGAAAGCGGGCCAGACGCCAGCUAAAGCUGGGCAGAAUUCAGCUAAACCAGGUCAGACCGCGGCCAAGCCUCCUCAGACCACGACAAAGAGCGGUCCAGCGUCCCAGACUGCUAAAGCUAAACCUCCCCCUAAAGAAACACCAGCUGUGAAGAAAGUUGUCAAAAGGGAAAUCCCAUGGAGGAAGAAUGUGAUCACAGUAUCUGGUAUUCCUACUAGUGGAGUAACAGAAGAACAGCUUUUGGACUUGGCUAAACCACAUGGCUGCAAUACUGUCCCCAUCAUUGCUGUCAACCAGGGAAAGGCUUUUAUUGAGAUGCCCACUAUGGAGGCUGCUGAGGCCAUGGUCAAGGCAUAUUCUGAGACGCCUGCAAAAAUUGAGGACGCCCAGCUGACCCUCUCAAUGAUGACCACACCCAUCGACCUGAAAUACACGGAAUCAGUCUUCAGAGUUCUGAUGGGUAUGGCAAAAACUGAGGAAAUCGCCACUCUGCCAGAGCGCCUCCUGAUAGUUUCAAAUGUGCCUGUUAGCAGCACGGCUGUCACGGAGAUUUUGGAGCUCGUCAAGCGCUUUGGUGCCUACAAACAGGCUCUGCCUCUCAAUAAAAGGAUUAUUUUUGAGAUGGAUACCCCUGCCAUUGCCAGAACUGUUCACAACCGCUUCAAGAAGUUUCCCUGUAUCAUCCAGAACAAUCCCCUUAACUUCACCCUGGCUAAACCUCUGAAGCCUGCAGAGGAGGUCAAAAAGAAGAAAGGAGCUAACAGUAACAAGGCAGGAGCUAAGCCUGUUGAUACAAGCAAGAAGGCUGUGCCUACAGAUACAGCAACAGCUACAACAGCUGAAGAUGAGGCCAAACAGGCUAAGACACCCGCUGCUACAGGUGAAGCCAUUCCUAUGGAGGCAGCAUCCAUUGCUGUCACAACAGCUCCUCCAUGUGAUGAUACCCAAUCAGUGACCCCUGCGGCCACUGAAAGCCUGUCCCCCAGUGAUGCUACCCCUGAUCCUACCACAACAACGGACCCUCCCAGUGAUGACAGUUUGGCAGUGGCAGCGACCCCUGACACUUUGUUAGUGACCCCUAACGUCUCUGAAGCAACAGAAACCCCUUGUAAGCCUGCAGCUGAAGUGACCCCUGACGUCACCGCCAUACCAUCCACUGAGAGAGUCUCCACUCCUCCCGCUGUUGUUACGGACUCGCACCCAGAUUCCACACCUGCUCAAGAACCCCUUGCUAUAGCCGAGAAGACCGAGGCCUCGGCUGAGGAUGCAGGCAUCACUGAGACUACCGAGACUGACACUCAAGUGCUCACCCAAGAGGAAAACCUUUCCAAGGAUACUGCCGCUGAAGAGCCUGCAGUGGAAGCCUCGCAGAUCGAGGAGGAUGCUCCCGUGACCACGCCGGUCACAAAGGACGUUGAGUCACGCCAAGACAAUCAGGAGGAUACAGAGACCUCUCCCAGUGCUGAACCAAUGGAAGUGCCUAUGCAACAGAGUGAAGCGAAGGAAGAGAAUGCAGGGGUGGAACAGGAUGCUGUUGCUAAUAGCAACAGUGUAGAGAUUACUAAGGCUGCGGCCUCCCCUUCCGUAGCCAUGGAGACGCCAAAAAUCUCGACCGAAGAAGCAAAACAGGGUAGUGAGGACAAACAGGAUGACCGUGUUGAACCACAGCCAAGCAAAGACAAAGAGUUGGCCAAUUCAGAAGAGCCCCCAUGUGGUUCGUCCAGCUCUUGCAAUCCACCACCAGCUCCAAGUGAGGAAUGCAGUGCUCCUCCAGAGGAAAAAGCAGCGGCGGUGAUCCCGGCGCCACCUGAUGGUGGGCCGGUAUUGGACUUCCCUCCGGUCACCCAGGAGAUCCUGAGAGCUCUGGAGGCAGCCGUGCACCAGUGCCGCAUGCAGUCCUCCUUGAGGCGGGCCGAGGAGGAGGCCAGACAGAAACAAGCCGAAGCAGAAAAGAAGAACUCUGCCAGUAAUAAGCCAACCACCCCAAGCAAGACAACCACCCCAAGCAAACCCGGCGCUAAGCCCAGUCCACAGGAGAAGAAAGCACCUGCGGCAGACGUCAAGAAAGCCCACACUUCUUCCACAGGUGGAGGUAACGGACGCGGACGGAAAGACUCCACUCCAGAGAGAGAUUCCCGGCAACAGAGCAGGAGUCGGGCAGGCUCGGACGAAGAGCAGCUGCCUACAUCCCGGAGAGGAGGAUCGUCCAGCUCCUCAUCCUCACGAAGAAGCAGGCAGGACAGCAGCCCUGCCACCAAGACGAGCAAAGGACGCGAAGAUGAUGGCAAGCACAAGAGCCACAGCACUAGCAGAAGCACACGCUCAUUGAGUAGCUCCAAAGACAAGAAGGAACAGGUUGCUGUUGAACAGCAGCAACAACAGCAGGAGGAGGAAGAAGAGGAGGAUGACUUUUUCCCCUUUAACAUGGAUGAGUUUGUUACUGUUGAUGAGGUCUGCGACGAUGCUGAAGAAGAACCAGCCGAAGUUCCAGCCGAAGCUCCUGAGCAAACCUCAAAGAGAAAGAGAUCUGACUCCCCCCAACCUGUUGAAUCCUCCCCACCUCAGAAGAAGCUGGCUGCAGCCUCUCAAAAGACCCCCACCCCAGUCAGCAAAGGAAAACCGGCAAAGAAACCCACUCCCAGAACAUCGUCACGCAGAACUCGGUCCAGUGUCGCCACAGAGUCAAAAGAAGACGCGGAGGAUGUGCCAGAGGCAGAGCCGAAUGGCGAUGAAGCUGAGGAACCGAAGAAAGACCUUCCCAAGACUGACGCUGCUGCUGCUGCUGCUGUUGUUGCUGUUGUUGGUGCAGAAGACCAACAGGGGGCAGUAGAGGAUGCCAAAGUGGCUGAGGUAACUGUAGAAACUGCUGCAAACUCUGACUCCUCAGAACAAAAUCAGACACAAGAGGUCAAAGUUGAGGUAAAGAUUGAGGAAAUUUCCCCUCAGCGGCCAGUGACCAAUCUGGAAGUGGAUCAUGUCGCUAUAGAGAAUGUGAAGACCGAGUCCUCUACUUUCCUGCUGUCAGAAGAAACUGAGGUUGCUGUGAAAGGUACUGAUGCAGUGAAGGUGGAGGAGUCCGCAGACAUGGAAUUGGCUACUGGGAAGACCGAAACCCAGGCCUUAAAGGAAGAGACCUCGGAGGCUGUGAAACAAGAGGAGAAGAGUGACCUCUCAGUUGCAGGCCGUCCCAACCCAAAUGUGCUGGUCACGCUGGACGAGGUCAGCGAGGGUGAGGAAGACUUCCCCAAUGAUGGCGAAGAUGAUGCUGAGGAGGAAGAGCGCCUGAAGAGGCAGGCCGGGGAGGAUCCCGAGGGGCUGGUGACGGUUGACGAGGUCGGGGAGGACGAAGGGGAAAAUCUGGAAGAGCAUUUAGUCACCUUGGAUGAAAUUGUGGCAGAUGAGGAGGAGGAUGGAGAAGGUGAACAACCAGCACUUUGUUCAGAGACCGCCCAUGAUAACCAAGAAGAGGAAUCGGGGGAUGCUUUCAAUCCUGAGACUCUGGUGACGCUGGAUGAGGCACAUGGAGACGAUGACGAGAUGGAGGAGGAAAAGCUGAAGAAGGAUGUGGAGGAGGACACCACUGUGCCUUCAGGCGGCAUGGCUGAGCCUCCAGUGUCCCCCGGGAUUGACGAGGUGGCAAGGAUGAACUUUGUCACUGUGGACGAGGUGGGAGAGGAGGAGGACGAGCAGCCGCCAUGGCAACCAGCUCCUGAAGAAGAGGAGCAGGGGAAGGAAGUAGUCAGCACAAGGAAAGCCAGAGCCAAGAAGAGAGCACGGCAGACUCCAGUGAGGAAGUCAACACGUGGCAAGAGGGGUGCGAAGCCUAGUGAGGAGGAAGAAGAGGAGGAGGAGGAGGAGGAGGAGCAGCAGCAGCAGCAGCAAGAGAAGAAGAGCCCAGAGAAGACCUCUACUCUCACCAAAACGGAAGAGGCACCCUCAGCCUUGGAACAGCCUGAGGACAAGGAGCCCAAACCUGCUUCGUUGUCCUGUGAGACCCAGAAUACAGAUACCUCAUCCAAAGAGUCGAAAGAGGAGGGGACGUCUUCGGGGCAAGAGGCAAAAGGUGGCCUUGAGGAUGUAAAGGAACAGGAUGCCAAGUUCUUGGCAAAAUUGGAAAUGCCUGUUACCAAGGAGGACAAGGCAGAUGUUAGAGCUCCUAUAACGGUGGAGUCAAAGCAGAGGAGGGAAGAGGAGAUGGAAGCGGAACCAGAGGUGAAGAGGUCCCGUUCGACAUCACCCUUGGACGCAGACUUCACUAUGCCUCCUUUCAAGCCUGACACCCCAGUCGGGGUGGACUUUGUGGUGCCUAAAACGGGAUUCUUCUGUAAGCUGUGCUCGCUGUUUUAUGGCAGUGAGGAGACUGCCAAGAAGAGCCACUGCAGCAGCCUGCGUCACUAUCAGAACAUGGAGAAAUAUUACCAGAAACUGAAAUCUCAGCAGAAGACGAGCAACUCCAAACAGACCUCCCGUCCCGGCUCAACGUCCGAAUGAUCAUCAUUGCCCACUUUAGCAGCCUUUUACUGUCAUCUAUUUGUCUCUAUCAGUUUUGUGGGUCCAAUACAAUUUUGAUGUACAUUUCAUUUAUUUUAAAAAUAAAUACAACUGUUAAAUAUAAAUGGUUAUGAGACUAAUGACAUGAAUGGAGAUGUCUUAUGAAAUAAAAUGUUUUAUUUAGAUCUC